CAGAUUAUUCCGUACAGAGGGCUCAAGGAAACAUCUUCCGAAUAUCUGGCGCUUAGAAAGAGUUCGAGUUGAGAAUUGCACAUUUUGGUCCGAUAUCGACGCCGAUUUCCGUGGCUGCUUUCUUGGCCUCCGCCCCGACGCUAAAAGCGGCCCUGUUGUUCGCUCUGUCUUCCUCCACGUCAGGCGCGCUCUCGAUCGUCCCCCAAGACAGACGCCCUCUAGAUCUCUCUUUUUUAUACCCCGAUACCCGCUCUUCCUACUCUAUUUUUUACCUCUUUUUUUGUUUUAUCUUUUCUUGUUGUUUUUUCUUUCUCCCUCGUGUUUCAUUCAUUCCUUUCUCGCGCGGGUCCCCGUGCUCGGUGAUUUCGUUACCCAGCAAUGAUGAUGGCGCAGUCAUUCGCUGCCCAUCAAGGCAUGCAGCAACAUCCUGGUCUGCCUCCUGGUCAUCCUAUGGCUCACGCUCAACAUCCAAAUGCUAUGCACCCCGGCGCUGGAAUGGUCCAACAGGUACACCCCGGUGUGUCGGCUCCUGGAGGACCCCAAGUUAGUCAGGCUGGCCCCAUGAUGGGCGCCAUGCCUCCAGGUGCCGCGACUGCUGGUCCUGGGGGUCCGGUACCCAAUGCUCAUGCUCUCUCCCACCUGGGCCCGACCCAGGCGCAUCUCUUUCAGCAGCAUCAAUUCCCGCAGAACUUUGCGAACAACCCCCAAUUGAUGCAACAACAUCAACAGCAGCAAUUGCUCCGUCAAAGAAUGAUCCUUCAUCAGCAACAGCAGCAGCAACAACAGCAGCAGCAGCAGCAGCAGCAACAACAGCAACAACAACAGCACGGAGCCCUCCCCGUCUCAUUACCCAAUGGCACGCAAGGCUUGAACGCGGCUCAAAUAGCGGCCAUGCAGGCAAAUCCCGCAAUGCGACCGGUCAUUCAACAGAUGCACCUUCAGCAGAUGCCCCACGGACAGCCUCAGAUGCAAGCACCACAGCAACAACAACUACUCGUACUCCAGGCUCAACAGGCACAGCAAGCGCAAGCGCAGGCUCAGCAGGCGGGCAAUGCUGGACAGCCCGGCCAGCCUACACCUCAGCAACGUGCCGCGGCACAACCUCAAAAUAUGCAUGAAACACAGAGCGUCACUCCUCAACCGCAACCCGGCCCUCCCCCUCACCAAGGAAGUAGCACGCCGCAGUCGAAUCCGCCUCAACCGCCGUCUCAACCCCCGGCGCCACAGGCGGCAACCUCCCAGGCCCAGCCGACUCCGAACCCGCCCCCUCAGCAACUUCCACAAUCCCAGCAACCAAUGCAGCAGCCGCAACAUACUCCGCAGCCACAACCGCAACCGCAUCCGCAGCAAGGUCCGCAAGGCCUCCAGCAAGGCCCCCAACCCACGCCAGCCAUGACGCCUCAGGAGGCGCAGCUGAAAGCGCAACAACAGCAGAAUCUUAUGUUGCAGCAGCGUAUGGGCAUGAAGAGCACGACGACCUUGUACCUUAACGCUUUCGCUGAGCAAUUGAGUAAUUUUAGAAGUCGUGAUGAAGCUCAAGACCUUCUAUAUUGGCAAGAAUUUGUUGACCGGUUCUAUUCGCCGGGGGGGGUUUUGCGACAGGGCGUUUACAACCGCCAAUCCGGUUCCAAGCAAUUCGAAAUAUCGACACCCGCCUUAGCACGUUACUACCUGACGCAAUUCAACAGCGGUAUCCGUCAUAUCCAGAUGCUUGUCGAGGGCGUGCGGGAGACUGCAUCUCCGAGCGGUGGUCACAUUGUGGAAAGCGCAAAGACUUCGUUUAUUUACUGGUUCACGAAUGAUUCACAGUUGUUCACGAAUGGGCGGUUACGGGCGUACUUUGAUGCCAAUCAUAAAAUCGAAAUGCUUGACAUUGUGGUAAUGAAUCAUACGGAAUAUCUUCCACGGCCUCAGUUGCAGGCAUUGGAGCAGGCCGAACAACAGAAGCAAAGUCCCAAGGUGUCCAAGAACACGGGCAAACGGGGCCAGCAAAAGCAAGCAAACACGCCCUCUUUUAGUUUGCCUGAGUCGAUGGUCACAGAUCACGGGGUCCCAAUUGCAGUAUUGAGUUUCCUGGAGGUCGCCGAGACCAUCUCGCAUAUGCAGAUGUUGUUUCACCACUCCCAACAGAAUCCUCAGAUGUCUGCUACGGAGUCACUACGGAAUCUCGUUAAUACUUUACAAACUCAAACCCUACAAACUCAACAGACCCCUAACCUAGGUUUCAUGCCAACACCCAUGAAUCCAGCAUUACAACCUGGACAGCCCCCACGAGGACCUCCAAUGAAUGGACCGGCGCAGUUUGCAUCACCGGGGAUGCAUCCUCUAGGGUUGCCACAAGGCUCGCCACACAUUGCCGGCUCAGCGCACGCUAGUCCAGCUCCUAGUCACUUGGCCGCGCCUGGCAUGGUCCCGCAAGGGCAAGUUCAGCACAAUGCGCACAGCGCCAGUGCAAGUCCUAAUGUGAGCAACAAACGGCGGCGACAAAGUGCAAUCAAAGUCGAAGAUGACUCUGGAGCACCCGAGGUCAACGGGACUGGGCCUCAAGGAGGAGCCAAGGUGAAGGCCAGUCCUCGAGUGACCAAAAAGCAAAAAGGCGGCGCAUAGUCUUCGCAGUCGGUCUUUUUUUCUAUUCUAUAUAUUUUCGCAUCACCAUUAUUUGCGAUGUCAUAUUUCAGUUGAAGAGGCGUGGAACUGGCGUACCAUUGGAUACCAGUGCGAGACUAUCAUUAAUCUUGAUUUACGUUUGGGUUUUUCUCUACUUAUUGUUUGCGAUUCUCCGCCGAUUGGACAUAUUGGAGGUCUCCAUUUCUUGGCUCUUUUGGCUUUACCUGCUUUGAUAUCCUGUUUACAAUUGGCGACAGACUCUGGCGUUGGGUUUGAUUGAAUGUCUGGAAAUAAUUUCUUUAUGUUUUGGAACGGCCUGGACAGCAUUGCUUGUCACUUAUAAUCGUCUAUCACUUGUAUAUCCGGGAUUAUUUCUCUUUAUGGAAUGAAUGAGGCUUGAUACCGGCCAUAUAUACUUUCGGCAAUGUUGGCCGAGUCGGCAUUCUUUACGAGUACCAUUGGGUACGAUAUUCAUACAUAGUACACUAUCAC